AACCGGAACCACGUUUUGACAAAUGACACAUAAUUUCGCGAUCAUAACAGUUGUGCAAUUCAAUUCUGUCAAAUCGUUCGUAAAGAGAGAACGUCGAAGAAAAAAAUGGAUAUUGAAAGUGGUCAGUUUGACGAUGCAGAUAAUGAACAGCCCAUCUCAACAACUCAGAGUAAAGCAGACUGCAUAGAGUCGACCAUGAAUUUAUUCAAAGGUAAAAUGGACAGUACAAAUGGUUAUCAUGGUGAUGAUUUUGAUGAUGAUGAAGAAGAUGAUGAUGACGAUGAUGAUUACCUAGACUGGGAUGAUGAUUCCGGUGGAAUGUUGAAACCUGUGACGUCCAGCAACAGUAGGAGUGCGCCAAAUCAACAACAGAAGACAGCUGGACCGUUGCAACCCAGCGAGAAAGUCAUGAGGAAAUACAUUGACAAGAUCAAUGUUGAGAAGUACACGGGUCCACAACUGACAAGCUCUGCUUCCUCAGCUCUCACAUCAAAGGGAAAACAGCAGGAUCAUAUGAGGUUGAGGGGCAAGGAUAAGUCAGACCGUGCCACUGCUGAGCAGGUGAUGGACCCGCGUACGCGUAUGAUCCUCUUCAAGAUGAUCAGUCGUGGAGUCAUCACGGAGGUCAAUGGCUGUAUCAGCACGGGCAAGGAGGCUAACGUGUAUCACGCCACAGCAAAGGACGGCUCUGAUAAAGCUAUCAAGGUGUAUAAGACAUCCAUCCUGAUAUUCAAGGACCGUGACAAGUAUGUUAGUGGAGAGUUCCGGUUCAGGCACGGCUACUGUAAACACAACCCACGUAAGAUGGUGAGAACUUGGGCUGAAAAAGAAAUGAGGAAUCUCACAAGACUCCACCAAGCAGGUGUACCCUGUCCAGAGCCAAUUCUGCUACGCAGCCAUGUACUGGUGAUGGACUUCAUUGGAACAGAAGGAUGGCCUGCCCCAUUGUUGAAGGACAGUGAGGUCAAUGAGUCCAAGGCCCGUGAACUCUACCUACAGUGUAUACAGAUCCUAAGAUCCCUCUAUCACGACUGUAGACUUAUACACGCAGACUUCAGUGAGUUUAACCUGCUAGUGCACGAGGGCAGCCUGUAUGUAAUAGACGUGUCCCAGUCCGUGGAACAUGACCACCCACACGCCCUGGAGUUCUUGAGGAAAGAUUGCACCAACGUCACAGAAUACUUCCGUAAGAAGGGUGUGAGCACACUGACAGUGAAGGAGCUGUUUGACUUUGUGACUGACGUGACCAUCACGGCUGACAAUCUGGACCAGUAUCUGGACAAGUGUAUGAAGCUCACGGCCGGCAGAACUGCAGAGGAUGUCACCGAGGAGGACAAGGUUAACGAAGAGGUAUUUAAGAAUGUGUUCAUCCCCCGCACCCUGGAUCAGGUGGUAGACUUUGAGAGGGAUUUCUACAGACAGAAGAAAGGGGAUGAAACCGAGCUGCUGUACAGCAAGCUCACAGGUCUUACGACAGAUCGGUCAGGAUCCCAGCAGAUGCCUACUAUACUACAAGACACUGCGAAUGACCCAUCAUCUACCAAAGACACCAGACUCACAGAAGACACCCAGGACACACAAAGCAUUGUCACAGAGUCAGUAAAUGAAGAAGAGCAGGAGGAUACAAAUUCAGAAAGCGAUGAAAAUGCCUCAGAGAACGAGGACAACUCUGAUUGCGAGAAUAAAAAAGAAAAAACAAAACUAUUCAUUCGAGAUAGAGAUGAAUCACCAAACUCUAGAAAGGAAAGGAAACGAUUAGUGAAAGAAGCCCAGAAGGAAAAACGUCUGACAAAGAUUCCAAAGCAUGUGAAAAGACGAAAAGAGAAAGUUGGCAAACAGAAGAAAUGAGCAUUUCACUUGGACUUAAAAAGGGUUGAAUGCCAGAAGAUGUUCCAAAGCCUUGCAACACCAGGGAUAUGGAUUAUCUGUGUACAUCAUUGGGUUGUCAUUGUGAAUGGCAUUUUUGUCCCCUACCGGUUUCACCGGAGGCGACUUAUGGUUUGCGCUCUGUGUGUCCGUCUGUCUGUCUGUGAGUCUGUCAGUCACACUUUUCUGGAUCCUGCGAUGUCCCCUACCGGUUUUACCGGAGGGUAUUUAUGGUUUGCGCUCUGUGUGUCCGUCUGUCUGUCUGUCUGUCUGUGAGUCUGUCUGUCACACUUUUCUGGAUCCUGCGAUAACUUUAAAAGUUCUUAAUAUUUUUUCAUGAAACUUGAAACAUGGAUAGAUGGCAAUAUGGACAUUAUGCACGUCAUUUCAUUUUGUUCCUACGUCAAAAAUUCUGGUUGCUAUGGCAACAAAUAGACUAGAAAUACUGCUGAAAAUUGUGGUUUUCUGGAUCCUGCGAUAACUUUGAAAGUUCUUAAUAUUUUUUUCAUGAAACUUGCAACAAGGAUAGAUGGCAAUAUGGACAUUAUGCACGUCAUUUCAUUUCGUUCCUACGUCAAAAAUUGUGGUUGCUAUGGCAACCCCCCCAAAAAAAUCUGAAAAUGGUGGAAUUUCUGACAAUGGUGGAGCCGGUAGGGGACCAUAUUGCUUGACAAUAGCCUUGUUGUUUCUCAUUUAGUCCAUAUAAGAAGCUAUUCAUCAUCAAUAUUAUAUCGGUAAGCGGGCUUUUGGAUAUUGUAUAAUUAAGUAUCAAGAUUUAAUUCGAUUAACUGAAUUUUAUGAAUAAUUUUAAACAGUUUUUAAUGAUUAUCGAAAAUGGAAAAGGCAACAAAGGUUGCGGAGAUUUACUUUGGAUUGUUUCAAGCAAAAACUAUUGAUGAUAAAUAAAGCAUAUGUAAUUAUGUCGUAUCUUAGAACAUUACAGAUUAUUUAUUAUUGGAACAUGUGUUUUGUUGAAUUAUUAAAUUUGUGAAUAUCCAAUACAAAUAAACAUUUUAUGUUAA